CGGAAAAUCUAUCGAUAGUUUUCCCGCCGUCACCUCACUACACAUCACCUUGUCAUUCAAGCGGCCAUCUUGGAUAGUUUAUUUGAAAAUCGAACGCCGGCGGAAGCGCGCUACUGUCAUGGCGCGAGAGAUCUCGUAAUAAAAAAACAUUUUACUUACUUAUAAAUAUAAAAUUCCUAUUAAAUGGUUUAAGUGUAUUUAUAAAAUAUGAUUUGUUGGUCAAAUAUUUAUAAGUGGUGCUGUGUGGUGUUUUAAAUGGACUAAAAACAAAUUAGGAAUCAAACCAUGGAUGAUGGCCAAUUCGAGGAACCACCGAUUAAAAAAGUCACAAGCCUAUUCGAUUACCGUGCACCAAGAAGGUUGGACCAUUUGGACCAACUUGGUGAAGAUCUGAAAAUCCUUGGCAAGAAAGUUGGCCAAAGGUUGGACCAGGUUGGGCCCAAUCCUCUACUUGAUACUAUAAGUUAUGAGAGCGAGAGGCUGAAAACUAGUCACAGUGAGAAUUCUUCUAGACGGAAUAGUGAUGAUGGUGGGAGAGCGAAGAGGGAGUCACUUAGAGGAGAUGGGACCAGCUCAGAGCCGCCCACAGCCAACGUGACGAACUUCAACGCUUGGGGCGAGCUGAACAGCUCGACAUCUACCACGAGGACCGAGCUGAGUCUCUCUGAUGGAGGGGAGGAUCAGGUAUGUAAGACCACAAAGGCCCGUCGUCGAAGCCACGAGUCAGCAUUACCAGGCACUCCUCUACAUCAGAAAGCUCCAUGGAAGUCAGCUGACAGUCUCGUGCCUGAGUCGGCUUUCGGAACAUCCUUAGCUGAUAUCAUGGAGAGUCCUGCUAAUAAGAAUAUGCCGUUUGGUGGCUACGAUGAGAAAAAGAUCCAUCUUCGAGAUGACAUCAAAUCCAUCCGCUCAGACAGCAGUUCCGAAGAGAGGCGGCCUAGAGGGUGGAGGUUCGUGAGAAAUGUGACGUCAGCAGCAGGUGCCUUCACGGCUAAGGCUAAGGAUGCUGCCACUGCGUUACCUGGUACUCCACAGCCGAGCUUUCAGUCGAAAACUGAUAGCAAGACUUCUGACUAUGGCAAAGAAGAUAAGAAACCCUCAUUACCUACCUACCAGAAUGAAAAAGAUCAAAAUGUGGGAGAAACAAGCCCUGAGGGUCUGGAGCCAGAAUCCUUAUUAUUCAGAGACGGCAGAAGAAGGAUAGACAUGGUCUUAGCUUAUGAAGAGGAGGAUUAUGGAGUUAUGACUGAAAAUGAAGCGAGGAAACGGGAACAUAGAAGAACAUUCCAGGAAAACUUAGUAAAAGAAGGUCUAGAAUUAGAACUAGAGAACAAAUGCCUGUCUUUCGACGAGAAGACCUGGUUUCUGAAGAUACACAUACCUUGGAAGACGGAGAUGAGGUUAGCGGAGGUGAUCGGCAUGAAACUACCCACCAAACGAUUUAUUACUAUUUCUGUUAGAGCUUGGAGCGACGAAAAACAAGCAGAAAAAGACAAACGCUGGCAUUCAAAAUGGCGUCGACGGUGGAAACAGCUGUACGAGUAUGAACACUCUAGAAUAGGACCCGAACCUUCCUUCUAUGGCGCUACUGAUCAGAGAGGUGCUAGGAGAGAGGAAAUGUUUUUAGUAAAAGACAGACAUACACAAUUUUCACCGGCACAAAGAAGUUUACUAGUCAUGCAGAUUUUGCUCAGAGCUAAAUAUGAUAACAACGAAACUAAGAUGGGUAUCCGAAGACUGCUAAACGACGGUACAUAUACCGCGUGUUUUCCUCUACACGAAGGGAGAUAUGAAGUCGACAUGUCUGAUGGCAGUGUUACUGAUAGAAGACUUCUAUACCUAGAAUGGGCCCGACCCUGCAAGUGGUACAAAAAGCAGCCUCUCUGGCUUGUCAGAAGGUACUUCGGUGAUAAAAUAGGCCUAUAUUUCUGCUGGCUUGGGUUUUACACUAAAAUGUUAUAUGCCCCGGCUAUAGUUGGGACCCUUUGCUUUCUAUACGGCCUAGCCAGUAUGGAUUCCCAGGAUAAUAUACCUAGCAAAGAGAUCUGUGACUCCAAAGGACCCGGCAACACGACACUCUGCCCACUUUGCGACAAAGCCUGUAAAUAUCAGACUUUAUCAGACUCCUGCCUGUUUGCAAAGCUCACGUAUUUAUUCGACAAUCCGGCUACCGUGUUCUUCGCUAUUUUCAUGUCUUUUUGGGCAACUACAUUCCUAGAGCUUUGGAAACGAAAGCAAUCAGUCCUAAGAUGGGAGUGGGAUAUGGGCGGAGUUGAUCAGGAUGAAGACCCAAGACCUGAGUUCGAAGCAUCAGUAAAGACAUACAGGACCAACCCAGUAACCAGAGAGAAGGAACCCUAUUUACCAACCUGGCAGAAAACUAUGAAAUAUGUAGCCAGCAGCUCUGCAGUACUGUUCAUGAUAGCCAUAGUAAUGGGAGCGGUGUUAGGCACGAUUAUCUACAGAAUAUCUAUGGUGUCAGUCAUCUAUGGUGGUACUGGCUUCUUCAUACAACGGCACACGAAGAUAUUUACGACAAUGACUGCUGCUAUCAUCAAUUUAAUCAUUAUUAUGAUAUUGACUAGGAUAUACGCAAAAGUAGCUGUAUAUCUAACCAAUAUGGAGAACCCACGAACUCAGACUGAGUAUGAAGACUCGUACACUUUCAAAAUAUUCUUCUUUGAAUUCAUGAACUUCUAUUCUUCUCUUAUUUACAUAGCGUUUUUUAAGGGCCGUUUCUACGACUACCCAGGCGACGACCAAGCUCGCAGAUCAGAGUUCCUGAAGCUGAAAGGCGAUAUAUGCGACCCAGCAGGCUGUCUCUCCGAGCUGUGCAUACAACUGGCCAUCAUCAUGAUCGGCAAGCAGUUCGUCAACAACUUCGUCGAGCUCGGAUACCCGAAAUUCCACAACUGGUGGCGUCAGAGGUCUCACAGAGCUGUGACCAGAGACCUGAGCAAGCCUCACAUGGCAUGGGAACAGGAUUACCACCUCCAAGACCCUGGAAGACUGGCACUGUUCGAUGAAUAUUUGGAGAUGAUCCUCCAAUACGGUUUCGUCACUCUCUUCGUGGCGGCGUUCCCCCUAGCACCACUCUUCGCUCUCCUGAACAACAUUGCUGAAAUACGCCUGGAUGCUUACAAGAUGGUCACUCAAGCAAGAAGGCCGCUCGCUGAAAGAGUAGAAGACAUUGGCGCUUGGUACGGCAUUCUGAAAGGAAUAACAUAUGCAGCAGUCGUCUCAAAUGCAUUCGUGAUAGCGUAUACCAGUGAUUUUAUUCCGCGCAUGGUGUACAAAUAUGUGUACUCACCGGAUAACACGUUAGCAGGGUACAUCGAUCAUUCCUUAUCAUUAUUCAACACAUCAGACUACCGCGAAGACUGGGGAGCUGAUGAGAAUGAGGAAGACCCUCCGGUGUGCGCGUAUCGCGGCUACAGGAACCCUCCUGACCAUGCAGACCCUUACGGCUUGUCUCCUCAUUACUGGCAUGUGUUCGCUGCUAGACUGGCGUUUGUGGUUGUUUUUGAGCACGUGGUAUUCGGCCUAACAGGCCUGAUGCAACUCUUCAUUCCCGACGUACCAAGUGAGCUGAGGACUCAGAUGCAGAGAGAAGCGUUGUUAGCUAAGGAAGCUAAGUAUGAACAUGGAAGAAGACGGCUGUCUACUGAAUAUAGACAGCUUAUUACUCAGAAGAGUGAGAGUGGACCAGUUCCGGAUCGCGGCGUGGGCGGCGCGUGGCUGCGGCGCACGUCGCGCGCGUCCGACACGCUCGACGCGCACGUUGCCGUCGCGCAACGACCCGUGUCGCCUCAUAUCACGCACUGACAGUAGCUUAUGUACAUGGGGUAUAUUUAUAUACAAAUACAUAUAUAAGUAUAUUGGAUAAGUACUAAAGUCUUACACCAAAGAAAAACGCAGAUGAAAAAUAAAACUUCAGACAAAUAUAAAGUAGCCAGACUUUUUACAAAGUAACUAAACAUACUAGAAAAUCAAGAAGUUGAAGAAAAUUCUUUACAAAAAUGUCAAAAUCAUACAAAAUGGGAACCCGCAGUAUCGUCUGCUCUCGCCAAACUUUUUGUCGUCACGGAACACUGCGCAAGUCCUGCGCAGAAACCAAUUAGUGGCGGCAGCGAAAGUAUGGGAGAUGUAGCUAAAAUUUUGUGACCGCCAUUGAAGUUAUCAAGAACUCUAGUUUAUAAAAGAAAAUUAAAAAUAAGUGUCCAAUAUUCUAACAAAGAUAAAAACUGACUUAGUAAUUCUUGAGUAAAUGACAUGAAAUGUUUAAAUAAACAUAUAUUUACCUACUCGUGGUAACAUUAUGAAAUGCUUUUUGAUUGUAAAAAAAUGUGUAGGCACUUACGCCCAAGUUCACCAAUAACAUAAACGUCAGUUUUCUUAACAAUAAACAAUUUACUAUAAAAACAUUCAAGUUUCAUAAAUAAACAGUUAUUAUAAGAAAACUGACUUUUAUGUUGUCGGUGAACUUUGUCCGUGGCUUAGGCCCCCAAUGAUCGAAGCACCUGUAGCUGAAGUCCCCGAAAAUUGCUUGUAAUUAACCGAAUCGGGGGCUUCGACUACGAAUGCUUCGGCCAUCUUUGAACUUGAGUCUUAGUGAAAACGUGUGAAAAAUAUGGAAUAGUUGUUAAGAAUAAAAUGAAAAAUCGCAUUUAAAUGGAUCUGUAUCGAGUUACUAUUAUUGACUUAUUAUAGUUGGUAGGGAUUUAGUCGGGUAUCAGAGAUUUAAGACAAGGCACUUUUGAGGGUCCAAUUACCUAGUAGGAUAGUAUGACUGUUAUUGUUAAAUUAAAAAUAUACACCUAAAUAUAACAAAAUGUAAUUACCAAAAAUAUUGGUCUUAUUGUUAUUAUUAUAUUGUUUUUUAUUUCUUAAAAUCUCACUUAUGAACAAUAUCGGGCAAGGAUAAUUUCUAAAUUAUAUUUUAUGGAUCAAAAAUAAUAUAUCUUUUAUCCGAUUUGAGAAAGAAAAAAUUAAAAAUGUUUGCACACUGUAAGGUCAUACUAGCCUGAAAAUAGUCUUAGAUAGUUAAUUUAUUUAUAAUUAAAUUAAAUAAACUUAAGUUAGUCAUUUAAGAUCGAAGCCAAAGUUAACGUUGAAAAAUAUAACAUUUGCAAAAAGAAGUUGUUAAACUUUAAUAAAGUUAAACAAUUUUUUUUUCUUAUAUAUUUUUGGACAUUAAUUUUGGCUUCGAUAAAUUAGUUAUUAAGGAGAAAAAAUAUAUAUGGUGACAUAUUGAACGUGCACAAUGGCGCCACCUAGCGUCAUGAAAAGGAAUCUGUACAGUUUUUAUACAACGUGAUAAAUGCGCAAACACUCAAUUGAAUUUUAAUUAAAUUGAAAUAGGUAUUAAAAAGAAAAAACUUAACAGAAAGGUUUUACGAGCUGUUAACAUUCUACUGGCAAUUCUGAUCAUUUCUGGGGUCUAUGACAACGCGAUCCUUUGAAAAAUGUCACGUUGGUUAUUUUAUAAAUCAUUAUUUAUUUACUGGAGGAUUUUGUUAAAUGUGUAUCCGAAAACUUUACGAUACUUAUUUACUAUUCUUUAUAUCGUCAAUAUUUUUCAAAAAACUAUUUUUAUCAGGUUUCAGGAUAGAAAAUCAUAAUUGUCAAAUAGUCACCUUCUGAAAUAUUCUGACUUAGAUACUUAAGAAAUAAUUUAUCAAGUGAAUGUCCCAAAUAUAUGUGAUAUUAGUUAUUUCAGUAGACAGUAAGAGAAUCUCUACUUAAGUAUAGAUUUAUUGUUAAUCUUUCUGUGGGCGAAUACUCAAUUCUUUAUUAAAUUAUAUUGUUUCCAA